AUGUGGAUUAUAAAUUUUCCCAUUUGUUCAAUAACGAUCGCUCAUUCAAGCUCAAGGAUCAUGGAAGACCUUAGUUUCUUACCGGAUCUCCCGACCGGGCCCCUGGACGUAUAUAGGAAUAACGCCUCAUUUAACUGGAAGCGACUUAAAUUGGCCCUUGAAGGAGACAUCGAUUUAUUGAAACUUAAGUACAAGAUAUGGCGCACACUAGAAAAGGACCCACUCUUCGCCCAUCCCACUGUGACUCCUCCAGUGGAAGAACAGAAACGCAUUACACAGUUACAAUUAAAAAAGAUAAAUGAAUACAAGUUCAUACCAAAGGAAAUGUUCAACGCCAGUUAUAGUAAACGGACUCGAACAAUUAUGACAAUAAACGAGGCGGUACAGUCUCUUAACCCAAGUGUAUCGGUGAAAAUGGCCAUCGGUAUAUAUUUAUUUUCAAACGCGUUGCUGUCGUUAGGCACUGAAAGACAUCUCAAGUUUUACGAAGCGACGAUCAAACAUAGAGAGAUUUUAGCGAGUUUUGCCCUUACGGAGAUCGCGCACGGUUCAGACGCGCGACUCAUGCGCACGACCGCCACUUACGACCCGUCGCGCAAGGAGUUCGUCAUUCACACGCCAGACUUCGAGGCCGCCAAAUGCUGGGUUGGUAAUCUAGGUAGAACAUGCACACAUACACUGCUCUUCGCGCAACUAAUCACACCAGAUGGAACAAACCAUGGUCUCCAUGGCUUCGUGGUGCCCAUCAGAAACCCAGAUACGCUGGAGACGUACCCUGGCCUGAUCGUUGGGGAUAUGGGAGAGAAAAUCGGUGUCAAUGGCAUUGAUAAUGGAUUCAUUAUGUUCAACCAGUAUAGAAUACCACGUGAGAACCUUCUCAACAGAACCGCUGACGUCACAGAAGAUGGCACAUACGAAAGUUCGUUCUCAGAGCCCUCAAGGAUAUUGGGUGCCGCUUUGGAAAAUUUAUCAGCCGGUCGCAUCGGUAUAAUGCAAGAGAGCUGCCACUCGCUGGCGAGCGCGGUGAGCGUGGCGGUGCGCUACGCGGCGACGCGCACGCAGUUCGGCGAGCGCGACCGCGAGACGCCGCUCAUCGAGUACGAGCUGCACCAAUGGCGCCUAUUCGGCUAUGUGUCGGCGGCGGUGGUGUUCCGCCUGUAUAUAGAGAAAUUCACUGUCACGUAUUUAAAUAUUGUUGAGAAAUCAAAUUCUGGCCACAGAGUAGAUAACUUGAGUGAAGCAGUAUCAGAGAUCCACGCGAUGGUGUCGAGCAGCAAGCCGUUGCUGACUUGGAGUACGUUGCGAGCUGCGCAGCAGUGUCGUGAGGCGUGCGGCGGACAUGGCUAUUUGAAGUGUUCAAACCUUGGUGAUAUAAGAAGCAACCACGAACCAACAGUGACAUAUGAGGGGGAUAACAACGUGCUCUCACAGCAGGCCGGCAACUGGCUGUUGCGGCAGUACGAGGCUGCCCUCUCGGAUAACAUCGUGGACUCACCGCUGGGCACUGUUGCCUUCCUCAAAGAUUAUAGGGCGAUAAAAGAAAAGACUUUCAAUUGUUCGAGUACGAAUGAACUGAAGAACCCUCAAUUUAUAAUAUCCACAUACAAAUGGCUUAUAUGCUGGCUGUUAAAAUACACACAUGAGAAAAACGAAGAAAACCUAUCGAAAGGCCUAACCAAAGUGCAAGCCAGGAACAAAGCCCAAGUCUACAGAUGGAGAAACCUAACCAAAGUGUACGCUGAAUACUUAUCGUUGAUAUUCUGCUUAGAAUCUAUAGAGAAGAAAGAGAAAGAACUCCAGCCAGUUUUGAUGAAGCUGUUCUGUUUAUAUGGGCUGUGGUCCUUGGAUGAUAAUUUGGUUGAGUUAUACCAAGGGGGUUUCGCAAAGGGAGGGGAUAUGGCCCGAUUGGUUAGAGACUCGGUCCUGGAGUUAUGUGCAGAUGUGAAGGAUGAUGUAGUGAGUGUGGUGGAUGCACUCGCGCCCACUGACUUUGUGUUGAAUUCUGUGUUGGGCAGAAGCGAUGGCAAGUUGUAUCAGAAUCUCCAAAAGGCGUUCUUUAGUCAGCCCGGCGUUUUCGAAAGGACGCCGUGGUGGCGCGAUGUCGUACCUUCCUCUAAAUUG